UCUCUCGAGCAACAUCCCGUGCACGCUCACACGCGAACUUCCGCCGCCCAAACAUGACAGCAGCUCGCUCCUUUUGAAUUCGGCGACAUUCCACGAAAACCGCAGAACCCGAAACCCAAUGCCACGCAGCCAGUGAGCAGCAUGGCCACGCCGCAGCCGCCGCCAGUACCCUCAAGACGUUGUGUCACCGACCAAGAAUGUUUGCUUUCCGGGCCGUCAGCUGCCACCCAGGACACAGGCUACGGGCAACCAUAUGCACCACGCGAGGCCAUCCAAGCACGGAACUCUAAUCAAAAGGCUCCGUUCUACGACGAACAGGGCUUUAUCCUGCUCACUCCGGGUCGAUGUCGUGCUCCACAACACCCAAUAGAAACUAUAAUAGACACUGCAAGUUGUGAACAAAUCGCACAGCAACUUUCCUCAACAACUCGUGGGUCUCCCACUGUGUCUCCCCGAGAACUUCAUAGUGUGAACAGACACCAUGCCUUCUCAGGCUAUGUUGCUCCAGGAGUUGUACUAAGACCUAGCUCAGUGCCGCUGUCUGAGAGAGUUACUGCUUCAACGUCUACAGGACGUCUCGGUAGGUCAGCUGGCCCCGACAUGACCAUCAGUCGGGUUGCCCGAUCUGAAACGUCUGAAAUGUUCGAUCGGGAGAUGCGUCAGAAAUUUGACUGGGUCCCCGAGGGUAGCGGCCGCACAGCACGAAGGGCAGAUGAUCGCCGCAGCCAGCACCACAGUUACGAGCAGCAGCAUGAGAGACAAUAUCAGUACAACACUCAAUAUCUGUACAAUCCUCAGCACCAGGGCCUUCAACCGCAACGCACUAGAUGCAGCACGAACGGCGAAGAAUUUCGUAAGCAUGCCACUCCUACAGAUGAACCAUCCGGAAGGGUUGAGGCAAUUGUAUAUGAUCGCGUCAGGGCGAUGGACGAUGUAGAGCGCGAUAAUGUCCUACAGGACUUGCCACGUGAUCACGGUGGUGUACAGGCUGGAGUCAUCCAGCGCCCAGCGUCCUUCUCUGGUUUAGGUGCCCGAAUGGACGUAGCUGUCCAGCGUCAUCAUAGGUUAACGUCAACUCGCGCUGCUCUGGAAUCUAUCACCGGGAUGUUGCAAGACUCAGUUUCGAAGACCCCUCAACUGUCCAUUGGAGACACGUUACGUCUAGUGCCUACUGGAGAUGGAGACGCUAUUAUCGCGUACGUCGUUGACGUCAUCGCAGAUGAAGCGGUGUUGGACGACGAUCGGAAAAAGAGAAAGAAGAAACGAAAGAAAAAGAAGAGGAGAAAAAAGAAGAAAAAGAAGAAGAAGAAAAAGAAGAAGAAGAGGAAGAAGAAAAAGAAGAAGAGGAGGAAGAAGAAAAAGAAGAAGCGAAAGAAGAAAAAGAAGAAGAAGAAGAGAAAGAAGAAAAAGAAGAAAAAAAAGAGGUCGAAGAAAUCCAAGAAGAAGAAGUCCAAGGACGAAGGUGGAGGAGAGAGCACUCUCACAAAGACCGCACUGUCCUCAAGUACGCCGAGCACUACUACUACUACUACCACCAGUACAAAAAAGCCAACAGAAAAAGUUGGAGACAUAAAGACUGCUUCACCCAAACUAGACUUUAAAUCGCUGACACCAAAGCCGUCAUUGUCCAGGAUUUCGCAGACUUCGAUGCAGCCUACAGUCUGGACUCGGACGUCCGUCAGGACGUUGGCGUCCACAGGCUCCCAGUGUACCAACUGCGGCGCCAUGAUGUCGCCGUCAGAUGUUGACCCGUCCCCUGCCAUGGGGUUCUCCUCGCCUCGACAACGCAGGACGCAGCCAUCAUGGUCUGCCGGAUGGGGAACUCGUGAACGCUCCCCUCCGCCGCGAUCUCCAUCACCACCGGUCGAGGACGACUGGCCAUCAGCGGAGGAGUCACCAGAGCCAAGGCCACCGCGGUCUCGUUCCUGUUCCCGUAGGCACCGGCGAUCCAGGUCAUCCAGGCGGCAUUCCAGAUCGCGUUCGUCAAGGCGAUGCCGCAGAAGGUCACGGUCUUCCUGUUCCUCUACAUCUGAAUCGUCAUCUUCGGAUGACUAUUUCCGUCGACGAAGAUCAAGAAGCAGACGUCCUGCUAUUCCGUAUGAUAUUGAACUACCUCUACCGCCUGCGAUCGACCCUUUGCAGAGGUACUACACGGAACCUGAUAUUCUCGGAAGACCGGGCAGUCCUAUGUAUGCUAGUCCACUCUCAGGAGGUUGGGAAAGGUCAGGGCCUUACCCAUUUCGGAAACGACGUUCCUAUGAGGUAGGACCUCCCAGGCUCCGGCGAUGCAUAGGUGGCUAUGAUGACCGUACCGUGUCUAAUGUCCAGGUUCCCAUGGUCAUCGAAUCUGAAGUUGCAGUUGUACCACGGAGGCCGCUUCAUGACGCAGGUGCUCAAACAGUGCCACAACCCACUUCAGCCGGCGUUCAAUGCGCCUUACAAAAUUCUUUUCCCCAAGUAACGCAGCCACCAUUUAUGCGACCUCAACCACCGCAAAUGCCAAUGGCGACUAUGGCCACUACCGCUCUCCCCGUGGUUCAGCCAUCUCCGAUGUCGCUUGGACAACUGCCAAUUCCAACGACUCCCAUGUAUUCGCAGUCACCGCCCAUUACACCGUACGCCUCUUCAGCGCCCCUGCUCGGUAGUCCUGCAUGGAAUCCAUUCUUUUAUCCGAAUACGACGUCAAGUGGUACGUUUUCCAUGGAUGACACUCGGGUGACGACGACCGUAGACACACUACCGUCAUCCUCAAGUAGUAUAUUUGCUGGUGCAUCUCCCAUGGGCAUGUAUGCUAAGCAGCCAGAUGAUCCCUGGUGGUCACCGUACGGGUACAUGAAGAGGAUGGACCAACAGGGAAAAGUUAUGAUAACCUUUAUCUUUCUUCUUGGCGUUGUUGCGUGCGUUGUAGCCAUCCUGAGCCGCUUCGGAGCUGGGAGGGCGCCUAUAGUACAUGAGUCGAUGGGCUAUGAUGACGACGAGUCACGUGUCAUGCACGGCCCGUGGAUCAACAAAACGGGGGGAGGCACACUCAUGGAACCUUAUGGACUCUGUCGGACGUUGGAAUGUCGAAGAGAAGGUAUGUACCUCAGUCGUCUUGUGGACAGCGCAGGGGCUUGCCGGAACUUCUACGACUAUGUGUGUGCGCGCACAUGGGGGAAGCCUGGCAAUGGAGAGCUAUCGUCUGCAGACCUUAUGGUAAACGGCGUGGAGUCUUCAAUUAUUAGCUACAUCAAGGCCGGGCACGUUAAAGACAGAAUGUUACGAGGAGCCAGGAACCUGUGGAAAGAGUGCAUGGAUGUUGACGCAAUCAGGAAGCUCGGCAAGAAGCCUUUUACUGAAGUUCUCAACAAGGUUGGAUUGGACGGAUGGCCAUUUGGGCCUGCUGCCAAUGUCACAGGAAAGAACAUCUGGAAUGUGUCGGGGACGUUGAUGCGUCUGCUAGGUCUUAGCACUUUUUUAACUCUCGUCGUCGAACCCAUCACCAACAGCAGCACAGCUCAAGUAAUUAUUCGGAAAGUUCCAGUGCAAACGUCUACUACAUAUUUGUAUGACAGUGACAAGAUUGAUGAGCUAUUUCUAAGAAUCAGAGAAAGAGUAACCCUUCUCGAUGCAGAGAGCGAAGUUGAUGAAAUCGUCAAUGAUAUCGUGACAUUUUCAAGAACUAUUUCCCACCUGAGUGACUCUGAAAGUGAAAAAGUGGCUCCCGACAAUCGCACAGAAUUUCAUACUUUUGUAUCAUCUGCUUUAUCUGGCAUUUUAGACCUCAGAAACGGCUCUAAAAUCGACAUCCACCAUGUAGGGAAUGUGCAGGAGUUAUACCAGACGAUACAGUCAGCGCCAGCUAGACAAGUUCUCAAUUACCUGGGCUACGCUGUUGUGGACAAUCUCUGGCUCUUCUCGCCGCAAGAAAAUUUAUCAUCGAAACAGAUUAGAGCAAGAGAGCACGACUGCAUCCGUAUGGUGGAGCGGGCAUUGCCGAAACAAGUUCACUACCUGGCCUACCUGGCCACGAAGCAUCACCUGGACGUCGCCUUUUUCACGCGCUUAGCCCACGACAUAAAGCACCAGGUCAUCCGCUCCAUAAGAGUUCUCUCCUGGAUGGAUGCCAGCACAAAAACUCACGUCGUCAAGUAUUUGUCAAGCAUGCAGAUCAACACUUUCUUUCCACGGUGGAUGAUAUACAACCACACGCGUCCCGAAGCAUCCCAUCCGAGCUUCACUCCACUGCAAGUUCUUGUCUCCUAUGUGCAAAUAAUGCAAAACGCCUUCGAAGAAUCCAUGAACGCUAGAGACAUCAACGAGGAAGACUUUUGGAUGGGAUCGGUGUUUGACCAGAGCUGCAGACAUGACGAAAAACGCAAUGUGCUUUUCUUACCACUGUCUAUGGCUAACACCACAAAGGGAGCGACGCAACUGUUUCUCUAUUUCCACAUACCACAUGUGGGGGUACAACUUGCGAGAUGCCUUCUUGAGACCAUAGUCCCUUCAAGGCACACGGGUUGGGGCACACACAUUGGCGCAAAGCACAAUGGUUGGCGAGAGACGACCAUUCGGGAACUCGCGAACAUCCACAAUUGCUUCGAGGAUCAGCACUUUUCUGGCACCGUUCCAGUUGAGGACCCCAGUAAAAGGACGUCCGUUACGGCUAGUGAUAUCUUGGAACACGCUGCCAUUAUCCAAGCCCACGGCAUUUUCACAAAUGGGAUUCGUACACUGAACAAGAACUUCCAAGACUAUCGAUUCGAGAACGCCAGAAACUUGUCCGCUGAACAGCUGUUCUACAUCUAUUACACCAGUGGAAAGUGUCGUACGUAUGAUGCCAAGUACCAAACGUCCGGAACGUUGCAGCAUGGAAGUGCGCAGUUGGUGAACCUAGUUGUGUCCCACGAUAGCUUGUUCUACAAGGCGUUCAACUGCCCUGAGAAUACGAGCAUGAAUCCGAUUAGAAAAUGCCAGUUCUGGACACGAUAACACUGGUCUGGGUGGGAAAGUACGAAGAGUUUUUUCGUACGUGAGGCGUCCCUACGCACAAGUGCAUCAAGUGCGUGAGUUAUCAUCUGUCAGCGAUCAUGAGAAAAACGUUCACGCAUUGGCACAAGCUUUGAGGUAAUUGUGCAAUGGAAUGAAAAUAAACCUUGACGGGCUGUUAA